AUGUGCCCAAACGAAACAAGCAUGAAAGGAGUUAAAUGUCCAAACGAAGCUUGCAACAAAGGAACCAUAUGCCCAAUUGAAAGCAGAGGUCUUGAAUAUUAUUUAACUGCUUCCGGUCUCAUCGUUAACCUCAUUCAGGCAACAUGCUUCGUGAUUCUGCGCCCACUUUCCAAGAAUUUUUACCGACGGAUCAAUAGGUUUGUGGCAGAAUUUCUUUGGUUGGAGCUUGUUUGGAUUGUUGAUUGGUGGGCUGGAGUCAAGAUUCAAGUAUUUACAGAGCCUGAAACAUUUCGUUUAAUGGGUAAAGAGCAUGCUCUUGUCAUAUCCAAUCACAAAAGUGAUAUUGAUUGGCUUGUUGGAUGGAUUAUUGCUCAGCGUUCAGGUUGUCUUGGUAGCACCCUUGCUGUGAUGAAGAAAUCAUCAAAGUUUUUGCCGGAUGAGAGCACAUUAAAGUCAGGCCUACAGGAACUUAGGGACUUCCCUCUUCCCUUUUGGUUGGCUCUCUUUGUAGAAGGAACUCGCUUUACACAGGCCAAACUAUCAGCCGUGCAGGAAUAUGCAGCCUCAACUGGAUUUCCUGUUCCCAGAAACGUUUUGAUUCUAAGAACUAAGGGGUUUAUUUCAGCAGUAAGUCACAUGCGCUCAUUUGUUCCGGCCGUUUAUGACGUAACAGUGGCAAUUCCUAAGAGUUCACCUUCUCCUACAAUGCUAAGACUCUUCCAGAGGCAACCUUCAGUGGUGCAUGUGCAUGUUAAGCGGCAUUUGAUGAAGGAGUUUCCGGAAGCAGAUGAAGAUGUUGCACAAUGGUGUCGAGACAUAUUUGUGGCUAAGGAUGAUUUGUUAGACAAACAUAUAGCUGAUGACAAAUUCAGCGAUCAUGAGCCGCGGGAUCUCGGUCGACCAAUAAAGUCUCUUCUGGGUGUUGCAUUUACAGUAUUUAGUUUGGCAAUUGUGACUGCACUCAUGCAGAUCAUGAUCAUGUUCACACAAUCUGAGCGUUCAAAUCCUGCCAAAGUUUCGCCUUCGAAGCCCAAAAGAAAGAAGAAUUGCUGCUCAGCCGCCCAUGCUUCCGCCCAUGCUGCCUCCAAUGCCGCUACCAAAGCCCUGAAUCAAACAACUUGUGGCCGACAAACCCAUCUUCCUCGACACCACUGA